AUGGACACCCGCUACAAUUUUGUGGGUCAUCUUUACGAAGCUUUGAGACAAAAAGGCAUUCAUACUUUUAAGGACGAUAAAAACCUUGACAGAGGAAAACCCAUCUCACCAGAGCUGUUGAAAGCAAUAGAGGAGUCGAGAUUUGCUGUCGUCAUUAUAUCAAAAGACUACGCAUCUUCAGCUUGGUGCUUAGAUGAACUUGCACACAUCAUUCACUGCAAGAAAAAGACGGGAAUGACGAUUCUACCUGUUUUUCACUAUGUGGAUCCAUCCGAUAUACGGAAACAAAUGGGAACUUUUGAGCAAGCAUUUAUUGAACAUGAAGAAAAGGAGAACAAAGAGAGGGUGGAGAAAUGGAGAGAAGCUUUGAGAGAAGUGGGCAAUCUGGCUGGAUGUCAUUUAAAGAAUACUAGGUAUGAGACAGAAGACAUCAAAGACAUCAUGGGAUGGAUAUCACUUCACUUGAAAUAUGAUGCAUUCCCUUACAUUACUAGGGAUCUGGUAGGAAUAUACUCUUGA